CAUGGCACAGCAGCCUUCCCCUCAGUGUCCACUAUUUCAAUGACAAGGACCCCAAGGAUCUUCACCCUGUGUUGUGGGUGAGGCUUGAACAGAGGAAAGUGCCAGGCGGGGUAGGGAGGAGGCGGGGUGCCUGGGUGAGGGAUCUGGUGAGGGCGCGGGGCAGAUCGGGCAGAUCGGGCAGAGCGUCCCACCUUGUUGACCCGAAGUAGAUGCGUUCAGCGUAUAGGGCCCCGUCCUUGGGAUGACACCUGCGUAUGUGUGUUUCGGGUAGUUGGAGGAGGUGGGUGUGUCGACGGUGGUGGUGUAGGCGUUAGUGAAAGUGUUGACCAGAGAGAAGAGUGCGCAUGCGCGUUCACAGGCCGGUAUAUAGUGUGGUCGUUGUGGCCCGGCGCGCGAGUACGUACUGGCCGCACCCACACCAUGGCCCGCUCUCUGCUUCUAUGGGUCGCAUUUGUGGCUAACAUCGUGAGUGGUUUGGAGAGCUCAGGACACGAGAGAGAGAGGAGGCAGCUGACUAACUCCUUCGAUCUACCAUAUACAGCCGAGGAGAUGUGUAUCAACAGGCCCAGUGAAGAGUUCUUCAGGUUGCCAGACUUCAACGACUGCCGAGAUGCAUUUAGGUGUGACAGAAGUGGGGUGAGCGGACCCAUCCGCCUAGCCGCUCUCAGGUGUCCCACAGGACUCGCCUUCGACGUGGACCGUCAGGUGUGUGACUGGAAGAAACGCGUCGAGAACUGUGAUAAGCUAGAAAAGCCUACCAAGGCUAAACCAAUGCUGAACACGGAGGAACCCAUCUGCCCGGCGGGUCAGCUGGCCUGCGGCGAUGGAGUGUGUCUCUCCCAGACACUCUUCUGUGACGGCAACUUCGACUGUGAAGAUCAGUCCGAUGAAAACGCCUGCAGCGUGAAUGAGGACCCAAACCGCGCACCUGAGUGUGACAAGCAACAGUGUGUUUUACCAGACUGUUUCUGUUCGUCGGAUGGCACCCGGAUCCCCGGCAACUUGGAACCCACGCAGACGCCACAGAUGAUCACCAUCACCUUCUCUGGUGCUGUCAAUGUCGACAAUGUCGACCUCUACCAGGAGCUCUUUAGUGAGGACCGCAAGAAUGCUAACGGGUGUCAAGUGAAGGCCACCUUCUUCGUGUCCCACAGGUACACCAACUACUCAGCCGUGCAAGAGCUACACCGCAAGGGUCACGAGAUCGCAGUGUUCUCCAUCAGUAACCGCGAGAACCCCGAUUAUUGGACCUACGGAACCUACGACGACUGGCUCACUGAGAUGGCGGGCGCUAGACUCAUCAUUGAGAGAUUCGCCAACAUUACCGACAACUCCAUCAUCGGUGUGCGCGCCCCCUACCUCCGAGUGGGUGGUAACACGCAGUUUGAGAUGAUGACGGAUCAGCUCUUCAUCUACGACGCAUCCAUCACGGCCUCACUGAAUAGCGUUCCACUGUGGCCCUACACCAUGUAUUUCCGGAUGCCACACAAGUGCCACGGCAACGCCCAGAACUGUCCUUCCAGAUCUCACCCUGUUUGGGAGAUGGUCAUGAACGAGUUGGACCGUCGUGAUGAUCCACUCUUCGAUGAAAGACUCCCUGGCUGCCACUUCGUCAGCUCCUGUACCAAUAUUCUUACCGGAGAACAAUUCACAAACUUCUUGGAACACAACUUUCAGCGUCAUUACAACACUAAUCGUGCCCCUCUUGGCCUCCACUUCCACGCUGCCUGGCUGGAGAGUAAUAAGGAUUUCAAAAAAAUACUUAUCAAGUUCAUCAACGAAAAGACUGCUCAGAAUGACGUAUACUUUGUGAGCAUGUUGCAGGUGAUCCAGUGGAUGCAGAACCCCACUGACGUCACGGGAAUCAGGGAAUUCGAAGAGUGGAAGGAAAAAUGUGACGUCAAGGGUCUUCCCUACUGCUCGCUACCCAACACCUGUGUACUUAAGAGCCGGGAGCUGCGAGGCGAGACCCAAAAUCUCUUCACCUGCAUGGACUGUCCUCGCAGCUACCCCUGGUUACUCGACCCCACCGGCGAUGGUCUCGAUCUCGUAUAAACUCAGCAAUGGCAUGGUUAUAACUAUCGUACUGAACGCUGUUCCUUCCCCUAAGAACCCGUUCACGGUCUAAUAUAUGAAGACCUGACAGGGACCAUUUCAAAACAUUCAGUAUAGAAUCUAGUCCUUUAAAUGAGGGGCCCGGUGCCCGAUUUCUUUGGUGUUUACGACGUUAAGACGUCUGCUCUGUUUCUAAAACUACAUAACUUUCCACUUUUUCAUACGUUUAAAAUUCCAGAGAGUAAGUAUAUUUUUAUCGCCAUCAUCCCAUACUGAAAUGCAAGCCUACUUUGCCGCUCUCAUUCUACUGUCAGCACAAAACGCUAUCACAAUACGCCAACAUUCAUCGCAUUCAGUGCUUGGAUUUCGUGCUGUCUAUUAUUUUCGUGUCUCCAUAUUCUCUUAAUUUUUUAGUUUUCCAUUUAUUUAAAGAAGUUUUCACAGCUUAUUCAUGAAAUUUCACCUCCUAGCCCAGCUAGCAUCGUUAAUUUCCGUUGAACUUGCCCCCUUCCCCCCCCUUCGUUUUAUCAAUCCUUACACUUAAUAAUCUGCUCUUCCCAUCACCUCUCUCGCACAGUGUUCCCGCCCUGUCAUCCUCACUAAAAAAUCAGUAACCAAAAUAAAAAUACUUUAUUGACUGUUUUAUUACCUACAAAAGUGAAGACAAUUCUAGUUCUAGCCGUCCUAGCCUCGCGGUAACAUAAUUACCUUUUUAAGUUUAAUAUUUAUUUUUUUAAGCUGUCCUAUUGCUAACUUAUCUAAUUUUCCCUUAAAAUCGUUCAUAAGGAGACUUAUUUUCCAUUUGAAAAUAAAUCUCCUUAUGCAUACAAUCUUCAGAACGUUCUCAACAUCAUAUAUUGGUCUCUCAGAUUCCUACUCAACAAUCCAACAAGCUAAAAAUAUAUAAAAUUCCCACAAGAUAAAAAAUAAUUACCCCACUGAGCAAUGUAGUUGUUAAUACCUGUCUAGAAACUCUG